GCUGACAGCACAGUGGAGUGUGGAAGACGAGGAAGAGGCGGCAAGAGAGCGGCGGCGGCGGGAGCGGGAGAAGCAGCUGAGGUCCCAGGCAGAAGAGGGCUUGAACAGCACCAUCUCUUGCUCAGACAGCCCGGGUUCAGCACAGGAAAACCACUAUGACUUUAAGCCAUCUGGGACUUUGGAGCUGGAGGAGGAUGAGGGGUUCAGUGACUGGUCUCAGAAGCUUGAGCAGCGCAAACAGAGGUCUCCACGACAGUCGUAUGAAGAGGAGGACAGUGGUGUAAGGGAAGCUGAAGUCAAACUGGAGCAGAUCCAGCUGGAUCAGGAAAGCCCGGAGGAGAUCCGGGAGGAGAAUGUAAUUAUCGGGGAGGAAGAGAGACUGUGCCAGGAGGAAGAACAGCUCCAGGAGCAAGAGGAAGAGGAGAAUGCUGAGCAAGAGGAAAAGAAGAGAAGGAGAAAUGAGGAAGAAGAAACGACACCAGAAAAACGCCAGAAGGCCCCAAGCCCCACUAGCCUGGAAGAGGAGGAGCUGUGCUCUGACCACACUUUAGUCUGCUCCACUAAGAUCACGGACAGAACUGAGUCGCUGAAUCGCUCAAUAAAGAAAAGUAACAGCAUAAAGAAGAGUCAGCCUCCCCUCCCUGUGUCGAAAAUUGAUGACAGGCUGGAGCAAUACACACAGGCUAUUGAGACAUCCACAAAGGCUCCAAAACCUGUUCGACAACCUGCUCUUGACCUUCCCACCACGAGCAUGAUGGUAGCCAGCACGAAAAGCCUCUGGGAGACGGGAGAGGUCACAGCUCAGUCUGCUGUGAAGUCCUUGCCCUGUAAGGAUAUUGUGGCUGGAGACAUUGUGAGUAAACGAAGCCUUUGGGAACAGAAGGGCAAUCCCAAACCCGAGACCAAUAUCAAGUCUGCUCCUUCUGGCAAAAAGUAUAAAUUCAUUGCAACAGGCCAUGGCCAGUACAAGAAGGUGUUGAUAGAUGAUGCUGCAGAGAAAUAGCAUGCCUGGAGAACUCAUUAAC